UGGGAGUUGGGGUGGGACUGGCUCUCUUUGGGGUGAGCACUGGCAGCAGGGCACUGUGCCACAGUCUGGUUGUAGAGAACGGCUGCCAGCUCCUCUACAUAGUGGAGGAUCAGCGCUGGGAGUUGGAGGGCGUCUUCAGCCAGGAGCAUCUGACCCACACCAGGGUGCUGCGAUCCCUGGACACCGACAUCGUGCUCAGAGAUCAGUGUGUUUCGGGGGUGGUGGUUUGUUCCCCUCCAGAUGAAGCCUCAGUAAUAGUUCUGGAUGCCUUGCGAGCAGGUAAAGGGGUGUUCUGUGAGAAGCUGCCCAGCCUGAACAGACACAUCGCGGAGUCGUGUUUUGAUGAAGCCAGCCGCUGUGGAAAGCCACUGGUUUGUGGAUUUUUCAAGCGUUUCGACCCAGCCUUGCAGUUUCUGUACAAGAGGGUCCAUGAAAAUGAAACGCUGGGUAGAAUUCAGAGGAUAUCGACUGUCAGCAGAAUGUAUCCCCCUCCCUCAGUGGCAGCGAUCAAAUCCUCAGGUGGGAUAUUCUACAACACAGCGGUGCACGAUAUUGACGUCAUCUGUUGGUUGCUGGGAGAAAGCGCCCCAGAUACCAUCUUUUCGCUCGGACAUGCGUUCUGCAGAGAGAUGGCUGCAGUGAAGGAACCCGACUCGAUCUCUGUCAGCAUGAAGUUCCCUAGCGGGGCCAUCGCCUCUCUGGACACCAGCCAGCACUGCAACAAGAGCUGUGACCAAAGACUGGAGGUCCACGGGACAGAGGGCUCCUUGCAGAUGGACAAUCGUAACCCCCUGGGCAUCUCGGACCACAGCACCUCGGCGGCUCUCUGUCUGCAGGACACUGCAGAGCGCUACAGAGAUGCCUACAGAGAGCUGCUGCGACAUUUCCUCAGGACUCUCAGAGGAAGGGAAAGCCCUUUCUUCACCAAAGAGCAGUACUUGUGGACAAUCCAGGUGGCGGCCGCGGCAGAGCAGUCGUGGAGGAACGGCUCGGCUGUGGACCUGCGCAACGAGGCUCUGGACACCACUAUCAUCAAGACCGAGGUGCAGUGAGGGGCAGCCUGGAGCCACGCAGCCUGGAGCCACGCAGCCUGGAGCCACGCAGCCUGGAGCAUUUCUGAUACUUGACAGGAGACUUUUUUGGUUUAAAGCAGUUGUCACCGUUCUGUACAGAGUUAAUCAUUUUUCUGUCUUCAUGAGAGACUUAUCCCUCACUCUUUUCAUUCAGACAUUUAUAAAGGACAAGGAUUUUCCAAAUUGCCUUUUUAGGACACAUUCAUUUCAAUGGAAGUCAAGCUGCUGAACUUUUUGUCUUUUAAAAGGUUCCCCAAAUUAAGGCUUUUUUCCAUCUCUUUUUUUUUUUUUUUUUU